UGGAUUUGAUAAGAGAUCACCAUCACUAGUUUGGAGCUUAAGCCGUGGAUCCAUACGCAAUGCAGAUGGCUUAGACAUAUCCAAGACGGCCAACAUCUUCCAAAAUCUGAAGAGUGUAUUGUAUUAAUUGAUGUAUUAUCAAUUCUGUUUUCCUCUUACAAAAUUAGUUUAAUAGCUAUUGUUGUAUUAUUUUCCUAUAAAUAUUCUGGUGUAUCAAUGAAUUAAUGAUGUGGGAAUAAAGCAAUACUUUCACAUUUUGUGAAAAGAUUUCAUGGUAUCAGAGCAGGAUUAUUGACACACGUCAACUUAGAUCUUUUCCAUGUUUCUCUCAUUCACUUUUCAAUUCCCACGUGUAUCUUUCUUUCGUUCAAGCGUUUUUGCGAUGACGUCUUCUUCAACAAACACAAAGAAAGAUCUUCAUUCUCCCAUAUUUCUCUUAUCAAACAUCUGCAAUUUGGUUUCGAUUCGUCUUGAUUCAACCGAUUUUAUUCUAUGGAAAUUUCAACUUACUGCUAUUUUGAAGGCACACAAGUUGUUUGGUUUUAUUGAUGGAUCAGUAUCUGCACCGUCACAAUUUCUUGCUUCUUCAUCAGAGACUGAAUCUCAACCAACAACCACUACUUCCUUGCCAGUGAUCAAUCCUCAUUUUGAAGAUUGGAUUGCAAAAGAUCAAGCACUCAUGACCUUGAUCAAUGCUACUCUUUCUGCUGAAGCCCUAGCUUAUGUUGUUCGCAGCGGAACUUCUAAACAGGUUUGGGAAGUUCUCGAGAAGCACUAUUCGUCAAAUUCUCGAACUAAUGUUGUUAAUUUGAAAUCUGAUUUACAAUCGAUUGUGAAGAAGACUGAAGAAUCUAUUGAUGCAUAUGUCAAACGAAUUAAGGAAAUCAAGGAUAAGUUUGCUAAUGUUUCUAUUACAAUCAAUGAUGAAUAUCUGCUCAUCUAUGCCCUAAAUGGUCUUUCUACAGAGUAUAAUACUUUAAGCACUUCUAUGCGAACCAGAGCUCAAUCUGUUUCGUUUGAGGAACUUCAUGUCUUCAUGAAAUCUGAAGAAUCUGCAAUCGAAAAACAAAUGAAGCGUGAAGAUCUUGUUACUCAACCAAAUGCUUUGUUCGCCUCUUCGCCGCAGUCUCAGAAUCGUACAUCUGCUUUUCAUCCAAAUCAGUCUCACGACAGAGGUCGUGGCAAGAACAAUGGGCGUGGUAAAGCUAAUUUUGCUCCUACUUUCACUAAUCAGGGAAGAGGUCGUUCUUCUGGCAAUUUUUUUACUUCUUUUCAAGCUGAUAAUCGAUCUCCCUGUCAAAUCUGUGGUAAGCUUGGUCACACGGCGCUAGACUGCUACAAUCGAAUGAAUUUUCAUUUUCAAGGAAGGCAUCCUCCACCACAAUUGGCAGCCAUGGUUGCUGUCCAAAAUAAUUCCUAUUUGGCUGUUGGGAAUUCUUCUCCAACUACUUGGUUGGCUGAUUCCGAAUGUAACACUCAUAUGACGGCAGAUUUAAGCAAUCUCUCUAUUGCUUCUAUUGCUUCUGAUUAUAAUGGUGAAGAAAACAUCUCUGUUGGCAGUGGACAAUCAUUUCCCAUCACUCAUUUUGGUUGUGGACAAGUAUUCGGGUCAAAUUAUGUUCCGCAGGCCUAGUGUUAAUGGACUUUAUCCAUUAACAUCUCAACCUCAUCUUCCCUUUGCUGGUCAUGGUUAUGUUGCUCAUGUUGGAGUUAAGUCUUCUUUUACUCUUUGGCACAACCGGUUAGGCCAUCCCAAUCUUCAAGCUCUUAAUAAUGUUCUUAGGCUAUUACAUAUACCUACUUGUAAUGCUUAUUGUGUCUGUGAAUUUUGUUUGUAUGGAAAAAUGUACAAACUUCCUUUUCCUCGUUCGCAGACAUUUUCUGUUUCUCCCUUACAACUGUUACAUAGUGAUGUUUGGGGCCCUGCUCCUGUUAUGUCUCUUAAUGGAUUCAAGUACUAUGUGUCUUUUAUCGA